GUGGAGUGACGCGAACGUAACGCCUCUUUAAAGGCACCUUUGCUUUCUCUCAUAUUUCAGCCCCUCUUUUGUUUGCCUUUCAUCAUUGGACCUACUUAGAGAGAAAGGGUGGCCUGUAGGGCGGGGAGAAAGCUGAAGUAAUGCCUGUCUGUCGGUAGCAUCUUGUCUGUAACCCGAAGAAAACCCGAUUGAGGACGUCACCAUCUUCAAGGACGGAAAUUUCCUGGAUCACAAGGAUCUCUCCGUCAGUCGCCCACACAAGGAAACAGUCGUCACGAAGCGGUACCGCCUCCAACUCUCUCCCCGCACGAUGUCUGCCCCGGCCCGCCUGUGGCUCGUGUUGGUCUGCUGUGUGGCCGGCGCGGCGGCUCAGGACCACCGUAUGCGCCACCAGCACGGCGCGAUGAACCAGUCCGCACCCGCGACAAUGCCACCCAUACAUGGAAUGGACCACAGUGCCAGUAUGGACCACGGUGCCAUGGAUCACAGUAACAUGGACCACGGUGCCAUGGACCACAGUAACAUGGACCACAGUGCCAUGGACCACAGUAACAUGGACCACAGUUCCAUGGACCACAGUUCCAUGGACCACAGUACCAUGGACCAUAGUAACACAGACCACAGUGCCAUGGACCAUAGUAACACAGACCACAGUAACAUGGACCACAGUACCAUGGACCAUGACAGUAUGGGCCAUAGCAACAUGAACCAUAGUACCGUGGACCAUAGUACCAUGGACCAUAGUAAUAUGGACCAUAGUAACAUGGACCAUAGUAGCAUGGUCAAUGCAAACUCGGGAAGCCAUAGUGAACAUGGCCUUGGUGGCAUGAUGAUGCCGAUGUCCUUCUACUUUGGCUACAGAGGUGUUGUAGUCUUGUUUGCUGGCUGGGUCAUCAAUGAUAUUGGAACCCUGAUAGGUUCGAUGGUUGGAAUCUGCAUUAUUGCGGCCCUGUAUGAAGGUCUGAAGGUGUUCAGAGAACAUCUACUGAGGAAGUCCAUGGUGACUGUCAGCUAUCACUCCGUAGCAGUGCCUGGUCCUGAAAACCUACCUGUUGUGGAGACACAGAAAACCACAGGAUCCCGUAUCCUGAGCUCCGCCCACCUGACCCAGACCCUGCUCCACGUGCUGCAGAUUGUGGUCAGCUACUUCCUCAUGCUGGUCUUCAUGACGUACAACGGCUGGCUCUGCAUUGCUGUGGCCAUCGGGGCUGGCAUCGGGUACUUUGCCUUCGGCUGGAAACGCGCCAUCGUUAUAGACAUCAACGAGCAUUGUCAUUAAUAAUAGGACAGUGGUCCGCAUGGUGUCAUCAAUCAGGGAUCAUUAAGCCUUCAAAAACAUGAGUCUAAAUAAUUAUGUCUCCAUCCCACGCUGUUACAGAGUUUUCAGUCUCCAUCAAUAAAAUCGUAGAUGAGGGAAUAUUGUUGCUAUUGAUGGACUAAUGUUAUGCCCAUGGAGUUCACGUAAAAUAAUUGGCGUGCUUAAGUUAAUAUGAAAAACACAUGUAGGGAAGGGGGUGAACAUGGGUUUGCUGAUAUAAUGGAAUAGAUUUAAACAUAGGGGAAAAACAUUGCAUUGCUGCAGUUUCUGUGCUAAAAAGGGUCCAGCAUCUAUUUUUAUUGUCUAUUACAUGCCUUUAGAAAUGUACUUACUUAAGCAACUCUUUGAACUGCGCAAGAUGAUUAGAUGUCCUUGACUCGUAUCAAUGUGAAAUAUGACGUGAUCAUAAUGUGUUCCAAAGGAGAUUCAAUGGUAUUGAGGACCCAAAGAUCUGUUGCUGCAUUAUCUGUUGCUUUUUUUUUUCAAUGAAACAUAUUAAGUUAAAGACAAGUUGUUCAAUCGUUAAUCAUACUAAUUUGCAUAAAUUAUUGUCUUGCAUAAAUAGUAUUUUUAUCACACCCUACAUCUCCUCAGCCACCUUAUAGUGCUACCUUAACAAUCUACCACCAUGUGCCUGCAAAAUGUAUUUUUCCUAAAGGUGGUUUUACCACCUCACAAAAACAGAUAAACAUAAAACAAACACAGUAUCUUGUAUCAUGAAUCUAUAUGUGAGAGGCAAGCUUCCAUGACUACUACAUGUAAGUUCCAAUUUAGACAUGAAGUUAUGUUUUAAUCAUUGUAAUCAUCAUCUGUAGUCUUGUUGAAUGUUGAGGCACCACAGAUACUUAAAUCCAGAAAUGUUUAAGGAGGAAGAUCUUUAUUGUUCUUAAUGUUGUCAAAUUAAGAGUCAGAGACAAUGAAGUUGACCUUAACGAGAGACAUGCAGUUAACUCGUCAAGAGUUAUUCUUUAUUAUUUUUAAUGUGUCACAUAAAGAGUAGGAAAUUGUGAAGAUAAUCCAGUUGACCUUAAUGUAACCGUUCACCAUACCAAACAUGGUGUUGAUUUUGCAUAAGAAUUAGCUGUUAUUUUUUAAGAGUACAGCUGGUGUUAGGAAGGAUUCUUUAUUGCAGUUUUUCUUGGAAGCAGAAAUUGCAGAUUCCUUAGUUAGGGUAGUCAGAAAGGAACCAGAGUCAUUUGACAUGUCACAAUCUUCAUCACAUAAACUUAUGUUGUUUGUACUGUGUCAAACCGUCUGUGAAAGGACAGAAAAGCCACCGAUUUUUAAAGAGAUUAUGAAGUGUGCUGUAGACAGGUCUACAACCGAAAAAGGAUGUAGCAAUAAUGGCAUAUCUUAUGUAGUAUAGUGGAAGUAUUUGUUAAUUGUAAAUUGAAGAUUCCUAUGAGACCAACGCUCAAUUAUGGGCUACUGAACAAUUUAUUGAUGUCAGUAAUUUUGUUGCUGUAAGAAUUACCUCUAGAAUAGUUAGUUUGCAGUGGAAAAUGUACAACAUUGUGUAAGGCAUUGUUUUGAGUUAAGUACAAAUGACCAGGGUUUAGAGCCUAGUAUUUUGUCAAUAUUUUCAGGAAGAAAUAGAAUAAAACUCUGUAAUUCUG